GCCGCCAGGCUAAAGAACAGGAGGUGGAAGGGGAGGAGGUGGACAGCGAGCUCUCCGGACUGGGGGUGUCCGGGGCCGGACCGGGGGCCCUCGUCGCCGCCGAGGCCCUGCUGAAUUUCGACGCGUUGGACAAAAACGAGGGCAACGUCCCGCUGAUUGCGGGUUACGACAUCCCAGACUUCAGCGCCUACAGCCCGCAGUACAUGUCCAGGCCGAACAGAAAGCUACUGCAGGCGGCGUGGUCAAUGAGCUUCGAGGACAAAUACGGCAAGCAAUACAAAGACAAGCACGCCAGGUACGUGCAGGCCAGGAGCAUCCGCAAGAUAUUCAAGCAUUGGCAGCAGACGUACGACAAAGGUGCUGCUGAGGGCAACGACGUCGACAUGAUCGACUCCGAGGGCGACGACUGCGAGGAGUACUUCAAGAAGAUGCGAGGCGCCCCCGAGGGCGAGGGCGGUGAGGGCCAGGGCGGCGCUCCCGAGGGCGAAGAAGACGAGGGCGAGGAAUGCGCCGAGGGCGAGGAAGGCGCCGAGGGCGAGGAAGGCGCCGAGGGCCAGGAAGGCGAGGGCGAGGAAUGCGAGGGCGAGGAAGGCGCCCCCGAGGGUGAGGGCGAGGAAGGCGCCGAGGGCGAGGACGGCGCCGAGGGCGAGGAAGGCGCCGUGGGCGAGGAAGGCGCCGAGGGCGAGGAAGGCGAGGGCGAGGAAGGCGAGGGCGAGGAAGGCGAGGACGAGGAAGCCGCCCCCGAGGACGAGGAAGGUGAGGAAGAACCAGCCGAGUUGGACGAGGUUGUAGCCCCCCCGCCCCCCAAGCCGCCCAAGGGAGCCGAGGUAGGCCAGACUGAAGAUGGAGGCAUCUUCUUCGCUAAAGUGGUGCGGCGUGAGAGCGAACUGAUUUCGUCCGUCGAGUUCAAGAAGCCGCUGGAAAAGUGGUCCCAAAAGGUGCAGGUCAAGGACACGUACUGGGAGGCAGAGAACCCCGAGGAGGCCAAGGAGAAGAGCACGAACCUGAUGCAGGAAGUAUUGAAGGAGUGCCUCAAGAAGGGGGUCUGCGACGGGGAGGGCGCGAAGGCCAUCAGGGACGAGUUCCUCGGCUCGCAAGGGGCAUACGUGGGCGUGCACGUGGUGCGCGCCUGCUGCAGGUGCAUCUACAACAGGUCGCGGCUCGCGCAGUUGAGCAACGCGCGGGCCUACCCUGCGGCGGCGCGGGUGCUCAGUUCCUCCCCGGGGAAUUUCGACCACAUCGAGUCUGCCAAAGUAGAGAGGCGCACGAACAGUACGCUGACGGGCUUCCAAGCAGAGCACAUGACAUAUGACGAGCUCGCGAUUUCGUACGGAUACUGCCAGGCGACUCCUGAGAGUCCGAUGUCGCUGAGGGCGAUCCAGAGGGCUGACAACACGGUCGAGUGGAACGAGAAGAUGAAGACCACCCGGGUGGACCCGCAGCACGGCGACAAGAUCUACAAGAAGAUGAGCUCCAUCGAGAAAGAGACAGAGAUGCACUCGAAGAUGCUGGAGACGAAGUUGCACAAGAAAGACCAGCUGAGCAAGCCUGCGGGGUCUCGUGGACCCGACGUGAAGGCGGAGAACGACAGCUCGAGCUACUACUCGUACUCGGAGAGCGAGGAGACCAGAGACAUGUUGGACAAACUGGAGGCGAUUGAGGCGGAGAUCCAGGGCCUCAAGUGGGACGAGGCAUUCGACAAUGCAGACGUCGCCGUCAGCUGCGCCCCCUCGACAGAGAUCGACGAGGUGAAGGAGAUGCCGUGGCUCCAGCCGUGGGCUACCCAACUGGAGACCUGCAAGGCCGACUUGGUGGCAGCCCAAGCCUCCCUGACGAGCCUCGUGCAGGGCAAGAAAGACAAGUCUGACGCCCUCUUCGAUGAGAGCUGCAAGAAGAUCGACGAGGCUACGAAGCUGUAUUCGAACGUGCUGCCGAUCCUGAAGUCGGUUGAGCAGGCGCAGUCCAACCUCAGCGGCAAAAACAAGUACCUCAUAUGCUCACUGCGCAAGAGUGACUUGUGCAAGUGCGGGUGCCGCGGCCUCUGCACAUUCAUGGCUGUGAUGAGAAUAAUCGUAUGGAGCUUCAACUGCCUAGCAAAAGGGCUGUACCCACCAGAAGACCACGACCAACAACCCUUUGCUAAUGAAUCCCGCUUCAAUCUUCGAGGGUUUGAUUUGACAGCAGACAAGCUAUGUGGUGCACUGUGCGAGUACCGCGCAGAUCUGUUGGAGAUGAUCGAUAGCUUGGGGUUUACCCGUUGGAAUAGUGUCCGGAAUCCAUGUUUUUGCUGCACAGUCGAGCGAGAGGACCUUUUCGACUUUCCUUUGACGAUGGAGCAGUGCACGUGGGCGGCACGCGAUGACAACUUCUACACUCGGGCCCUCAGGAAGUCAAUGACGCGGCGCACAGUCAACGAUCAGCCGCAGCUCCUCCGACUCUUGGACUGCAUGCGGUGGGACGAAGAUUUUUUCGGAUUUGCCUUAUAUAAAGACUUCCCAGAAUUGUUCUUGCGCACGGGCCAGAGGCUGCUGGAGGAUUCCACCGUGAAAGACAUCACCACUGUAGCAAACAUUGAGACCCCAGACGUGUUAUGUUUCUUCUACAGGGGAGCUGCGUAUGGAAUGAACUUCGUGACGCCGCUGUUCGGCGUCGAAGGGUUUUCCAUCGAGGGCCUCCACCUCGGUGGAAUGCACAUCAUCGAUUUGGGCGUGAGCCAGUAUGUCGCGGGCCUGGUAUUCUUCCUUCUGGUCGAGAACAAUUUCUGUCGUUCUUCCAAAGACAAAACGGAGCUGAGGCGAGUUGACAACAUGAUUCAUCUGAGGCGACGGCUCAGUUCUUACUACAAGACGAACAACUUCGACCCCAAGAGUAUGUCUCGGAUUCAAAAGCUCACCUACAAGAUGCUGACGCCUGCUGGCCCCCCACGGUUGAAAGCGAAGGCCGCCCAAACGAGAAACCUUCUUCCACUGCUGGGACAGCUAUGUUCGGAGAGCUCAAGCUAUCUGGGCAGUAAAUCUAACAUGAUCACCUUAGCUGUGAAGGAGUUGCAAGCUGUGCACAACAUCAUGGACAGGGAGCCACGAGUCAUGUCGGACAGCGGCGUGCAGGAAUACCAGAAAGCAACACUUCGCUUUUUGAACUUCUGGAAGCAUGCAGACGGGCACCUUGUGUUUAAGUUCCACAUGAUGUUCGAAAUGGCCAGGCAAGUACCUUUCAAGGGCAACCCUAAGACGUUCUGGACCUACGCGGACGGGCGGGAGAACAGACUGCAAGGCCUAGUG